UCUGCUGCGUGCCUUGGCAGCCGUCCCAGCGCGGGCGGCAGGCGCCGGCAGAGAACAGCCCCAUGGCCACAGGGACCCAGAAGGGUGUGGAGGCGGCCCGCGGCCCCGCUGCCUGCUACCGGGAGCUGAGCCGCUUCCCUGCCGUCACCCGUGCCGCCCUCAGGGCCGCGGCUGGGGGCCAGACCUUCCUGCUCUACACCGAGUGCAGCCGCCCCGACCCGGCCCGCCGGCGGCUCCUGCGCUUCGGCCGCCACUACAGCCUGCGGCGCACAGCCGGCCGCGAGGGCCUCGCCGUCAGCCGCACCGCGCUCAGCGCCGAGAUCCACAGCCAGCCCCUCAGCCGGGACUCGCCCUCGGGCCGGCGCCGCGCCGCGCUCCAGCGCUGCCCGCCGCAGGGCCACGAGCUGCUGGAGGUGUGGGACAGCGAGGGAUGCAGCCACAGCGUGGAUCUCACGGCGCUGGGGAAGCACGGGGACGUCUACACGGAGGGGCCCUUUGCCUGCCUGGCCUGGUCACGCUCAGAGACACGGCUGCUCUAUGUGGCUGAGAAGAGCCGGCCCAAACGACAGCCCCCCUGCCCCUGGGAUGUGCCAGGAGCAGCCUGGCCAGCAGCAGAGGAUGAGGAUGAGGAGGGCAAGCAGUUUGUGUACCACGAGGACUGGGGAGAAGCCCUGAGCUCACGAAGCGUGCCAGUCCUCUGCGUCCUGGACCUGAAGGGCCUCAGCCUGUCAGUGCUGGAGGGGGUCCCAGAGCACCUCUCCCCUGGCCAGGCCCUGUGGUCCCCGGAUGACCGUGGUGUGGUGUUCGUGGGCUGGUGGCACACGCCCUUCCGCCUGGGACUGAACGCCUGCUCCAACAGGAGGUCAGGGAUUUUCCACUUGGACCUGGCCAGCGGGUGCUGCGAGCUGCUGUCAGCAGAGAAUGGUUCUGUCUGCUCCCCGCGGCUGAGCCCUGAUGGCCAGCGCCUGCUCUACCUGGAGGGGGCUGUGGGGGGGCCCCACCGGCAGUGUCUGCGCCUGCGCAUGCUCACCUGGCAGACAAGGCAGACGGUGACAGUGCUCGACGUGGUUCAGGAGCCCACAGAGGGUGAGCCAGCCUUUGCUGGGCUCUACGCAGAGGCGCUGCCCCUGCAGUGCUGGGCAGCUGACAGCCGGCGAGCCGUGCUGGGCACCCCUCAGCGGAGCCGCACCGACCUGCUGCUCGUGGAUACGGAGGAGUGCACUGUCACCAACCUCACAGCAGGGUCAUCUGAAGGGUGCUGGGAGCUGCUCACUCUCCAGUGGGACCUGCUGGUGGCCACCUGCUCAGCCCCCCACCAUCCCCCCAGCCUGGUGGUGGCCGUGCUGCCGCCGGCAGGCCAGGAGUUGCCCCUUGUCUGGGUGCCAGUGGAGGACACCCCAACCGUGCCUGGUGUCACCUGGAAGACCCUGACGUUACAGCCACCCUGCAGUGGGCAGGGCCCCGCUGCACAGGGUACCCAAGCUUUUGAGGCCCUGCUGCUGAGCCCCUCAGAUGGCACACCACCACACCCCCUCGUUGUGUGCCCCCAUGGUGGCCCCCACGCUGUCUUCGAUGCCCGCUGGCGUCCGAGCAUGGCUGCGCUGUGCCGGCUGGGCUUUGCCGUGCUCCUGGUGAACUACCGUGGCUCCCUGGGCUUUGGCCAGGCCAGCAUCAGCUCCCUGCUUUCCCGUGUGGGUGAGCAGGAUGUGGCAGACACCCAGGUGAGGGGUGCUGGGCUGAGGGUGCUGGAGGGAUGCUGCUGGGAGGAUGCUGCUGUUUGGGUGCCAAUGGUGGGUGCCCCACGGGUGCAGCUGGCAGUGGAGCAGGCGCUGCACAGAGAGCCCCUGGACCCGCACCGCCUGGCCCUGCUGGCUGGCUCCCACGGAGCCUUCAUCGCCCUCCACCUCCUCGCCCGUGAGCCUGAGCGUUACCAAGCGUGUGCCCUGCGCAGCCCUGUCUCCAACCUGCCCGCGCUGCUGGGCACCUCUGACAUCCCCGACUGGCGCUACACCUCCCUAGGGCUGCCCUACUCCUUCGAGCGGGUGCCGUGUGCUGAGGAGGUGGCCACCAUGCUGCUGCGCUCGCCCAUCGCCCAGGCAGCCCAGGUGCAGACACCGGUGUUGCUGUGCGUGGGCGCCCGGGACCGGCGCGUCAGCCCCACACAAGCACUGGAGCUGUACCGGGUGCUGCGGGCCAGGGGUGUGCCAGCACGGUGAGUGGCGUGCAGGUGGGAGCCAGGAGGGAGCUCUGGGGUGCUGGAUGAGCAUCUUCCCAUCCUGUCCCUCCCCACAGGCUGCUGUGGUACCCAGAGGGUGGCCAUGCACUGGCUGGUGUGGAGACGGAGGCUGAUGUCUUCAAGAACUGUGCCCACUGGUUCCUCCAGCACCUGGGGCAGCCCAGGAAGGAUGGGACAGGCCAGCACAGCCCCUAGU